ACCUCUGGAUGUCACACUGUCCCCAGCUUUUUACAGCAUAUUUGGUAUUCAGUCAUCCUCAACAAAGCUUGGUCUGUGCCCUUUACUCAGAAGGCCCAGAACGUGAAGAAAUGUGAAAAUAUUCAUGGAGAAUUUUCUCCCAACAGAGAAAAUAGCACAUUCAUAAAACAAAAAUAGUGCGCCACCAAUAAGAAAUGCUCAGAGAGUAAGAGAUCUUGUCUCACGAAUUUAAAAUAUUAAAGGAUAGAAUUUUAAAAGACAAUAAUAGAAGGGAUGGAAGGAAAAGAUGAGAUAAUCCCCUAGAAGGCAGAAAAAAAUGGACAAAAAGAUGGAAAAUAAGACAGAAAAGAUAUCAAAAUAAGAUGAAUAUCUGGCAUUCAACAUCCAACUAAUUAAGGAGUUGCAGAAAAACAAGGUGGGGGGGAGAAAAUGGGGAAGUAAUUAUCAAAGGCAUCGUCUGUUUCCCAGAACUGAAGAACGUGGAUCCAAAUGGAAAGGUCUGGAGUGUCCAGGACAGCAAAGACAGACCCGGUGCAGGGCACACCGCGGGAGUUGGAACUUUCUGCGCGAGGCUGUGCUGCAGGAAGGACGAUUUUCUGAAGGCCUGGGGGGGGGGGCAGCAAUCAUAAUGAAUUUAGAGUCCGAAUGGCCGCGGGCCAGGUGCAGGACACUUUACCUCCCUCUUUUGCAGCUCUGCACCCUCAGACUCUAUAUUUGGAAGACCCAGAAGAUCAUCUUUCCCUUUUCUCUCUUGCCCUCCAUUAGCCGGGAUCUUCCUCCUAACUCACCCCUUAGCUUGCUCCCAGCCCCUGCCUUUCCUGUCCCUACCCUCAGGCGCAGUUCCUGAGCACCAAGCCAUCCAGGGUUUGGAGAGCUCCCUAUCCCCACCCCUAGAAGUUCCCACCAGUCCUGUCUCCCACUCUGUGGUCACUGAGGGCCCCACGUGACUGCCUGAGGCAGAUGUUUCCUGCCCCCAGGACAGCGCUGCAUCAGUGCCCGGCAAGCCCAGCGCUGACAUCUCUCUGCCCGGCCAUGGGCCCUCACCUGCUCCUGCUGCUGCUCCUGGGCCUGGAAGGUCAGGGCACAGCUGGCAGCGACCCCGAGGUGCUGCAGGCCCCGGUGGGGAGCUCCAUCCAGGUGCACUGCCGCUACCGGCCUCAGGACAUCAAGGCUCGCAAGGAGUGGUGCCGGGUCUCGCCAGAGGGCUGCCAGCCCCUGGUGUCCUCGGGUGUGGAUCGCACAGCCCCAGCCAGCAGGCACACAUUUCUCACCGACCUGGGUGGGGGCCUGCUGCAGGUGGAAAUGGUCACCCUGCAGGAGGAGGAUGCCGGGGAGUACGGCUGCGUGGUGCACGGAGCCGCGGGGCCCGAGACUGUGCACAGAAUCUCUCUGCAGGUGCUCCCUGCAGUUCCUGGCCUGAGAGAGGAGGAGGAGGAAGAGACACGUAAGACGGGCAGCCUGGCUGAGGACUCCCUCUCAGGCCCUGCAGGCAGUGUCCGCCCUUCAGAACCCAGCCAGGAUGAGAAGAGCGUCCCCUUGAUCUGGGGUGCCGUGCUCCUGUUGGGCCUGCUGGUGGCAGCAGUGGUGCUGUUUGCCGUGAUGGCCAAAAGGAAAGGGAACAGGCUUGGCGUCUGUGGCCGAUUCCAGAGCAGCAGAGUUUCAGGCAUGGUAAGAGGCUCUGCAGGCGCCCAGCCAAAUCCCCCAGAGCUUUUAUCCGUCAUGCUCACUGAGAGGUCCCAGGAUGAUGGGGGCCCCUCUUCGGUGGUCCACCACAUCAGUGACUCUGGACUGGCUGCUGAGUUGCCUUCGGAUGUGCCAUAUGUUAGGCUCGACUCGCCACCUUCCUUUGACAAUACCACCUACACCAGUUUACCUCUUGAUCCCCCAUCAGGGAAACCCCCACCCCCAGCCCCACCCUCGUUGCCCCCUCUGCCCCCUAAGGUCCUAAUCUCCUCCAAUCCUGUAACAUAUGCCACAGUCAUCUUCCCAGGAGGGGACAAGGGUGGAGGGGCCUCCUGUGAGCCAGCUCAGGAUCCACCUGACAGUCAAACUGCAUCCAGCUAAGCUGCUCGCCACGCUAAAAACUCAUGAAGAUCAUCCCUGGGGGUUCUGUGCAUCUAUCUAUCCAGCUCAGGCCCUAGAUCCUAGAAUAUCUGAGCCAAUAGGGACUUUAAGAUCUACCCUAAUGUCCUGACUUUACUCAAAGGGAAAGUGAUGCCCACAUAUGACUGGGAUGUCUUGGGGAAGCCUCUCAUGUUGGUUCUUCUGCCAUUACAGGCUGGGCUAAAUAAACCCUAAAGAUGGUACGUGAAUGCUUAGUGGCUGAAUGGGGAAGGAAAGGGCCCGCGUUUGACUGAUCACUUGGCUCGUGAACAGAAAAGGCUCUGGUCCGGAGUUUGUGCUGCAUGAUCUCCAGUCCGUCUCGCCAGUGAGGAAGUGGUUUCCUUCCAUGGUCAGGACACUGCAGUGCAGUUUGAUUCAGGGGAUUUCAAAGUCUCCUUCAGAAGUAUUUUCUGGCUCUCCCAUGAUGCCGGAAAGCAGAUUCAUUUGCUUGGGUCAAGGAAGUUCUUCUGCUUUUUGCUCUGCACCUUGUGAACAAGUGACAUCUUAUGGUGUGACAGUAUGUGGGUGGAUGGGGGGCAGGUUAAUGAUAAAGGAGAUGUAGGACAGAUGGGGUGUGAGAGGUAGGACUGAAAAAAAAAGCAGGAGUAAGGACAGAAACUGAACUGGACACGUCUGUUCCCUUGCAGGACACAGCACAGGAGAUAAAAGACUUUCUCAGAUAAUAGUCUCACAGAACUGGCUGUCUCUCAACUAGGCGGGCAUCUGGUAGCACUGUUCUCUUUGGUUUGAACUCUGGAGCCUGGGAAGAGCCCAGUGGGGAAAAUGCAUUUCAGGGACAGGGAGGUUCGGAAUAGCAAGGGUGUGGCUAUGGCAAGUGUAAAUGAGAGCUAGUCCAGGCUGGGGGUGAAAAGAGCCUUUAAGGACCCUGCCAAAAUAUCUUCUGAAACUGUUCAAUUUGAAAAUAUAGUUAGCCCUCUGUAUCCAUGGAUUCUAUAUCCAUGGAUGCAACCAACUGUGGAUGGAAAAUACGUGGGGGAAACAAAAAAGUUGGCUGUGUCUGUACUGUGCUUAACAAGUACAGACUGUUUUUCUUAUUAUUAUUCCAUAUACAGUACAGUAUAACUACUAUUUGCACAGCAUUUGUAUUGUAUUAGGUAUUAUAAGUAAUCUAGAGAUGUUUUAAAGCAUAUGGGAGAAUGUGUGGAUGUGUGGUUACCUGCAAAAUACUACAUCAUUUUAUAUAAGGAACUUGAGCUUCCAUAGAUUUUGGUAUCUGCAGGGGAUCCUAGAACCAAUUCCCCACCCCACCCUCCAAGAUAAUGAGGGACGAAUGUAUUUGCCCGUAUUGGGAUGAGAUGCCCAGGAACCUAGUCUCGUUACAAUCAUGGAGAGCUAGGCAAAAAGAAGUUUUCACCAUUUGGAGGGACCCUAAGCUUGGCCUAGGCACCUCAGGAGAAGGGACAAGAGUCUGUGUCCUGGGCUCCAGGCUUUGUUAGCCUAGUGAUGCUAUUUUUAGGGAGCUCUGGCAGGAUGUUCUGAGCAUUCCCUGAUAAGUGUUUCAGGCUGUUACAGAACCUAAGUUUCACUUCUGUCCCUUGUGGAGGCAGCAGCUGUCAAGUUGCCCAACAAUCAACUAAGCCCUUACUUUCCCUGGCUAAAAUGAGUAGGUACUGUCUGGUGGGGAGCUGGGAGGGGCAGAAGAAGGGCAAAAUAAAGUCUAAGAAGAACCCUCUGGGUAAAACUUAGCCUGGCAUGAAUAUAUUUAGAAUGCUUUAGAACCUGACAGAAAUAAGAAGCAUAUUUAGGA